AUGACGGCAGGACCCAAGAUUCGAUUCACGUCCAACGACUACAACCCCGAACCGGACGACACUCGCCGAAACUCCCUGUCGUCCAACACGGCUCGUCUCUAUCGUGGAGAUUUGGUCGAGUUCACCUUGGUCAUGGAAAAGCGUACCCGCCAAAAGUUUGCUCGCAACAUUGUCCUUCUGCAGUCCGACAGGGAACGAGCCAGGUUGGCCAAAGAAGAACAAAUGCUGGCCAAUGCCACGCUAGAACGUGGAGUGGUCGUCAGUCUCAAACAAGAUUUUGGCUUUUUGAGAAGCAAUGCGCGACGCGAGGAAGUCUACUUUCAUUACUCGCAAGUGCAGUUGCCCGAGAAAAAGGAGGGCGACGACGAAGAGAAUAACAAGGACGGCGAAGAAGAAGACUAUGAAUUAAAGGUCGGACAAGAUCUCGAGUUCUUGGUCGUCAGGGAGGAAGUGGAAGAGCGCAACAAUAGCAAUAGUAACCAUGGCGGCGGUGGCGGCUUUCGCAAAGUCAAAACAAGUGCGCGAAAGGUCAAGUUCCUUCCCAAAGGAACUGUGGAGUUUGAAAAGGUCAUUGCCGAAGGUGUCACUGGCGUUGUCGCCAUUGUCCCACGUGCCGAUGCCGGAAGAGAUCAAAGAAGCUCUAGAGAUCGAGACCCUCAGUCGUUUGGGACGAUCCGCCUGCCCAAUCCUUUGAGUAUUGAGGAUGUUGUUUCAAAGGAUAACAAGGAACAAGUCGAGGUGAAGAAGGUGUUGUUGAAUGUGGCGGAUGCUCCCGGUGGACUAUUUUCCUGUGCCAGAGGAUCGUCCAUGGGUUUGUGGAUCAGGGUGGGAGAUACUCUUUUGUUUGAUAUCAUAUAUGAUUUUGUGGACAAGGCAUACCUGGCCAAGCCCACGAAGCAUUUGGUGCCUGCGGGGAGUGAAUUGGCAAGCAAGGUUGCGGCGGAAACUGCUGUUGAGCAACCUGUUGACGGCAAGGAAAAUGCCAACAAUGGAGCUCCUGCCAAGGAAGGAAGCAUCAAGGAGGACAAAGACGCCCCCGACAGCAACGGCAACAAUCAGAAGGGCAAGUUCAAGAAACAAAGCAGUGGCGGUCCAGCCGGUGCUGCCGUCCGGUUGGUCCGUCUCUGUUUGGCAGGACGCGCCGAAGGAAUCGUCCACACAACCAAGGAAGCCUACGGUUUUGUCCAUUUCGCGGAGCGUCCAGUGGAUGUUCAUUUCAAGUUGUUCGAAGUUCUACCAGACGUUCUUCAAGAAGAUUUGCGACGUAAUAUGGGCUUGACCAUGACUCUCAACACCAAGGCAGAAAUGAUGGGACACCAUACCCUCAGUGUAGGAACGGAAGUUCAGUUCGAUCUCUCUCUUCAGGGUACCGUCAUGACGCAAAAUCAGCACCAUAAUCGAGGUAACAAACGAGGCGGGAAUAACUCCAAUCAACACGAGCGAGAGAAUUUGAAGGCGCAGCGAAUAUUGAUUCUGCCAAGAGGAACCAUCAUGCAGAACCACACGAUUGGCUUGGGUAUCAAAGGCACCAUCACGAAAGAAGAUCCCAACCAACCCUAUGCUGGAACUCUCGACUUGGCGGAAGAAUACCAGCAAAUGAGCAUCGAACAGCGACACCCGCUGGUCUCGACAAUGAUCAACGAGUUCAUGGAAGACAAAGAGACGGACUCGCUGAUCUUUCAUGACACCCAAUCCCUCAGAGAGGAAGAUGUCAUUGCGGAACUGAUCGAGUGCAAAGGCCUAGGAACCAAGUUGGAAUUGUCGUACAUCCCCCAGGCCGCCGAAACCCAGGGCAGGCUGUGCAUUCGCAAGGUGGAUAAGUCGGCCAAGGCGGAAAUGGACAAGUCGGCCACGUCUACGGGCGGAGCUUCUGCCACGAACGCAGACGAAAACGAGUCCAAGAACGAUGAUGAAGCCAGGCAAGAGACGAAGAAGGAAGAAACCAAGGAAGCAGCCGGACAAGAAACGAAGGAAGAGGCGUCGCCCAAGGGACAAAACAGAUCCAGGUCACCGAAAGGUGGUCGAUCCAAGUCUCCCAAGGGACGGGCCUCAAAGAAGAAAAAAGCAUUGCAGCAGAAACUUGUUCCGAUCAAAACGAUCCGGUACGACAAGUCGAGUUUGCAGCAGAAUGCAAAAACGGAUGUGCCUCCCGGCGCUGGAGAUGUGAUUGUGUGUGAUUUGCACCAGAAUCGCCGCACCGGGAAGACGCAUAUAGAGAAUUUGAGCGUGGUGGAACGCAAAGUGGUGGAUGCAGCUGAAGCGGCAACCAUUGAAGGGUCCAACGGCAUUGGUGUGGUGAAGGAAGUUGUUUUGGCGAGCAAGUUUGGCUUCAUCUCUGUGUCAGACGAAACAGCCACAAAGAGAGAGUUGCUCUUCUUCCACUUUGCCAAUGUCAUUGAAGGGAACCGUCCCAACCAACUCCACAUCAAUCAUGGUCGGAACAAGAAGGGAGGAAGCGGAUCUGCUGACGCCAUCAUCCACAAGGGUGAUGAGGUGGAAUUCAAAAUUGGCACGGAGAACGGUAAACGUGUUGCAGUAGAAAUCAAGGUAGUUUCUGCGGGCGCUAUCCCCAACAAAGUUGACAAGAAUGCCUGUCGCGGCUACAUUAUGGUAGAGCCGACAGACACCAAGGUUGGCUCGACCCCCAAACCAUCUCGUUCGUUCACCCGGUCUCAAGAUACCGGUACCCCGCAACCGAAAGGAGGAAGGUGGGACAACACCACCUCCAAGGAAGAAGAUCAUUUGGAGAAACUCGGCAACAAGGGCGAAGGUGUGAUCCUGUUGCUGGAAGACGCCUCUGACAUGUUUGCCGCCGUGGUCGAGAAGUUUGUUGGAGGAGAAAAGAAAGAAGAGAAUCAGGACAAGAAGCCUAGCAGCGUUGAGGGCCUCGGUAAAUGCCACUUGAAUUACCAGAACGGGGCCCUUGCACUGCAUGGAGCAGGGGCGCCGACGACCAUGGACGGCUCCACGCAUCCUCGUCGUGGCGACCUGGUGUCGUUUGUGAAAUCCAAGAACAGCGCCAGCGGAGCACGUGAUAUUCGUGUUGUUACUCGUGCUGCUGCGACGCUUGUUCGAGGAAAACUCGAAGGCAUUGACCACCUGAAGCAGACCGCCAGGGUGGUUGUAACAGGAGAUAAUGCAAAGGAAUACGAGGUCCAGCUCCGUGAGGUAGUUAGCUGUGAUCCCAAGCAGUUGAAGAACGGAGUGGAUGUUGAAGGGAUCCUGCACGGGGAUGCUAUUCACGGUCUGUGUCGUACCACUGACCUUCGACUAGAGUCCAAGUUGGGGACUGGCAAAAAGGAGCGUCCCAAAUUGAAUCUAACGGUGAAGAAGGAUCGCGGCGGUAAAAUCAUGGCACAAUCCAUGAUGGCGAAGGGUCCCGAUGGCACCAAUGGAUUCCUCUCGGGCUGGACGAAGCGUGUAAGCCAGUAUGCCUCUUAA